UUCUCUCCACGCGUGUCGCGGAGGGCGCGGGGAACCGAACCCGCGGACCAGGCAAAGGCGAGCCGGAAUCUCGGGCCGAGGAAAGGAGAGAGAAAAAAAAACCCACAGGAAAUGCAAAAUGUAUCUUUUCGGGUAGUUGGUUGGCUGGGGGCGUUAUUUAUUUAUUUAUUUAUUUAUUCCCCUCCUUCCUUGCUCCAAAAUGGUGGGGAUCCGUUUCUCUUUCCUUCCUUUCUUCCUGCAAAAAGAGCGAGCGCUCCGCUGAAGGACGAUGCCACGUUUGCUGAGGGAUAACCGGGCAACUUGGCACGAGCGGAGAGUUUGCAGAGAAGGGCACCGCGAGAGAGUAAGUAGGCACACAAUGGGAAUACCUCUAUCCAAAGGAUGCCUUUUUGCCAGGGAAUUCUGGGCGUUGAAGUCCAUCCAUCUUAACGUUUCCCAAGUUUGGAGAGCCCUGUCUUAAAAAGUUUUUUCAGCCAGGCGAGAGGCCGGGCGGCCUCCCAGGCACAGCCUCCCCCUGCCAGGGGCCGUAGCUUGUAUUAACUGCAGUGGGGUAGGAUCUGGCGGAGGCCGGGCAGCCCUCCCGGCCUGAGCCCAGCGGCCGGUGCUGGUCCCUGCCUGCACCAGAAGGGACGGUUUGGAGUCACAGCAGCACCCUUCUUGCCAGGGUUCAAGAUACCCCAAUGGCGGAGCCGCGCUUUAACAACACCUAUUUUUGGCCACCGCCUCCCACCAUGCCCAGUCAGCUGGACAAUCUAGUCCUGAUCAACAAAAUCAAGGAGCAGCUCAUGGCGGAGAAGAUCCGUCCCCAUCAUCUGCCGCCUACCUCAGUGUCUUCCCAGCAGCCCCUGCUGGUGGCCCCCUCGCCCGCGGAGAGCAGCCCGUCCAUCAUGUCCAUUCCUAAGCUCCAGCAAGUCCCGGGGCUUCACCCCCAGGCGGUGCCCCAGCCGGACGUGGCCCUCCACGCGCGUCCUGCCACCAGCACCGUCACAGGUUUGGGGCUGGGGUCCCGCACUCCCGCUGUCAGCACUUCCGAAUCCAGCACGGGGACGGGGACCAGCACCCCUUCCACGCCCACCUCCUCCAGCCAGAGCCACCUCAUUGCCUCCUCGCCCACCCUCAUUUCGGGGAUCACCAGCCCUCCGUUGUUGGACUCCAUCAAGACAAUCCAGGGCCACAGCCUGCUGGGGGCCCCCAAGAGCGAACGAGGCCGCAAGAAGAUCAAGGCCGAGAACCCCUCGGGGCCCCCGGUCCUCGUGGUCCCCUAUCCCAUUUUAGCCUCGGGCGACAUCGGCAAAGAAGGGAAGACAUACAGGUGUAAAGUCUGCCCGCUUACCUUCUUCACCAAGUCGGAGAUGCAGAUCCACUCCAAGUCACACACCGAGGCCAAGCCGCAUAAGUGCCCCCAUUGCUCCAAGUCCUUUGCCAACGCCUCCUACCUGGCGCAGCACCUGCGCAUCCACCUGGGCGUCAAGCCCUACCACUGUUCCUACUGCGAGAAGUCCUUCCGCCAGCUCUCCCACCUCCAGCAGCACACCAGAAUCCACACCGGAGACAGACCGUACAAGUGCCCGCAUGCUGGCUGUGAAAAGGCUUUCACACAGCUCUCUAACCUCCAGUCCCACCAACGGCAGCAUAACAAAGACAAACCCUACAAGUGUCCCAACUGCUACCGGGCGUACUCGGAUUCGGCUUCGCUCCAGAUCCACCUCUCGGCGCACGCAAUCAAGCACGCCAAGGCCUACUGCUGCAGCAUGUGCGGACGAGCGUACACGUCAGAGACGUACCUGAUGAAGCACAUGUCAAAACACACGGUGGUGGAGCACCUGGUGAACCAGCACUCGCCCCAGAGGACGGAGUCCCCCGGCAUCCCCGUUCGGAUAUCCCUCAUCUGAGACGCAGAGAAGCAGCCGCCGCCCCUCCGCCCCCCCCCCGCGCGCGACGGACCUUCGCAAACGCCCGAAGCGAGAAAAGGAGGGAGCAGGACGGACAGGCCUUCGGAUUAUGCAAAACGGCCGUCGGGCUCUCCCCGGGCCGUUUCCUCAGAUUUCUUGACAGUGUACAGCACACUGUGCUCAGGAGGACCAAGAGACACCCCCCCAUACUCCCCUCUGCCCCCCCUCACCCCCCCCCCCCGAGCAGCCUCGGGCCUGGACCCUGUUUGCGGAGGGGACGUGUCCUCUUCGACGUUGGGGACAACCAAAGACGAUUCCACAGCACUUUCACCCUCCCUUGCUGGCUUCUCCGGGAGCCCCGUUUUCUGGGAUUGCAGUGUCCCGUUUUUUUCCUGUGUUCCCUCCCUUUUCUCAAUUCAGAUCAUUUCCCCCCCCUUCCUCUCUCCCUCCCCCCAAAAGAAAACAUUGGCGGAGAUUUCGGAGCCCUCUCUCACGCGGAGCACACAAUUCUCUGGACUCCACCCUGAAGCCAUUGUCGGUCUUCUUGGACAAGGACAGUACCGCAAAGUAUUUUGGUGCUAAAUUGGAAGGAGACCUGACACCCCGGAAGCGUCAAGAGAGGCAGAGUCUGGCGGACGCAACAAGGCUGCACGCCAAAGGUCGUACGCCUGGAUCCACCCGCGGCUGGCUCAACGUCAGGGAGAAUUCGUGGGCGGAAAACGGAACCAACCGCUGGUCCUUUUCGAGAGGGGGAAAGUUUGGGGAAGAUUGCAAAACUCAGUGGGGAGACCUUGUAUGCACUGGGGGGGCACGGGGGGGGGCUGGGGGGGGGGGCGGAGACAACGGAACCAGAGCACUUGUAAGAGUACGUCAGGAACGUCCGCUGCAUCAGAUACGGGUUCGACACCCUGGUGGCCUCUUGGGACGAGACCAACCAUUGGACGAGAGCCGUCGUGUAGGGGAGACCAGGGUGGCACCUGUGCUGGCAGGAGAAGAGGGCCCAGCUCCAGGGGACGUGCGCUUGGGGGUGGUUCCUUCCAUGCACGUGUUUUAGCCGUGUCCAACCUACAACUAGGUGGUUGGGAUGUUACAUUCCCACUGAGUUGGAAAACCGCCGCUGUCUUUGGUCGAUGGGCGUGCAACCUGGCCAAGCGAGUCUUUGAGGGGGAGGACAGGAGGGUCCCUUGCUCUGCCAUUUCUCCUCCCCCCCCACCCCCAGAUCAUCAAGUCUCCCUCCCGCUUUGUGGUCGCCCCAAUUCAUCUCUAGACGACCCAAAGACGCAUCGACGGACGCUGCUACGCCUCCUGGUUGGCACGUGAGGGGCGGAAGGGGACCCUCCAUGGUGCGAAGAGGCCACUUGCAGGGAACCCAUUUAUCUUGGGGGGGGGGGGUCAUCCAGGAGCCUUAGAAGGUGGUCUUCCCCAGGCAGAGAGAGGUUACGCGGCUUUUCCAUCUCAGGCCUACUGGUUAGUCCUUCUUACACCUGUGGUGGAGCCUGCCCAACACACUUGUUGCAACGGUCGUAAAAUGGGUCCCUCACAGGACUGUCCCAAUUUUGCAAUCUUUUUCAUGGUGGUUGCUAAGCACGCAUGGCCUUAGGAAAGAAACACUGUACUCAUUAAGUGUACGCCGCUGUUAUAGCAACCCGGUGGCUCACUCAGUGACCAGUCAAAGGUCAGGGACUACCUAAGGAGUCCUCCCCACCCCUCGUAGGGUUGGAUCACCCGAUAGCAAUCGGGGCCUGCCUGCCUGCCUGCCUUCCACAUGCAAGUAGGGCUCUGGCAUCGCCACAUGAGCUUGUAAGAGGCAUUGCUAAAGAACUUGCAUCAGACCAAAAAACAACAAACACCCCCCCAUCCAUUUUCAGGCAGGACUUUGGUUGACAUCAUUCCCAGCCUGCUGGCACCCGAAGUCUGGAGGGCAGGUAUUUCUCGACUUGGAAGACCUGAGGACUUCGACUCCCCAAAUUCCCCGACUAGCCCCGUUUCCUUUUUCUCCCUUCUCCUAGAGCAGAGAGAUUGCAGAGGAAGGGACUCCAAGAGAAGAGUAAGCAGGCCACAAAGCGCAUGAAAAAAGAACGCCAGGGCAUUGACGGAGUUGAAGUCCACGUCUCUUCCCCACCUCCUCUCCUUGUUUCUGGCUUGGUUUUUGCCUUGCGGGGAGGCACGGGACCCGCCCCGUUCCAAGAAAAAUAGCCGGAGGCUGCCUUUUCAAUCCCCUCCUCAAAAAA